ACUAUUUCCGGUGGAAAUUCCCUAAUAAAUUUUGUAAACAUCACAAGCAAAGAAGAUAUUGAAAGUAGAUGACUUUCCGUUAAUCUGUCGUGUUUAAAUAGAAACGAAAAAUUGAAUAUAUGCCUUUAUGUAAAAAGACAAACUAGCAAAAUGAUAUAAACAAAGAUGUCAUUUCAACCACCAAAUAUUUAUGCUAACUUAAGUAACGGGAGGUCUCCUGUCAACAGUAGUAGUAGUAGUCGUAUCUCUAACGGAUCAUCAUAUGAAAUGAUUCCUCCAGGUUCAGGCAGUAGAACUCCAGCUGAUAUAAGCUUAAUGAACUUUCCUGUCGGAGCCCCACUAUCAUUUAGUGAAAUAUCUGCAGAACAAGCCCUAGAAAGGGUACAAGAACUGAUGAAAGAAAAUCAAAGUCUCAGAGAAUAUCUCAAAGAAAACAAUGGUGUUAUAAAUAAUAAAUACCAGGAAAUAGCUGAUUGGAAAGAAAGAAUAAAAAAAUAUCAUAAACACAACCAAGAAAAGUGUGAGGAAGCCAAAAAUGUUAUUCUCAAUCUUAGAUCAGAAAAUGAAACCUUUAAGAAACAACUACAGGAAACCAAAAAUCAGGCAUUCCAUAGUCUGAGUGAAAGAAUAAGCCAACUGGAAAAAGAGAAAAAAGAACUUGAAGAAAUAACAAGGAAUCAGGCAAAGUUUCAAGACAAUACUGAUGCAUUUGUGAAGGUUGAAGAUGGAAAUUUAACUCAAGAAAAUCAACAACUUUCUUCAAGAGUCAACACAUUGGAAGUACAAGUUCGUGAAUUCCGUGAUAGCAAUGAACAAUUAUUCAAAGAUCUAGAAAAACUCAAGCAAAUGAAAGAUAAUAUCCAGUCUGAAAAUUCAGAUUUGACAAAUCAAAACAUUGAGCUGAGCCAAAAACUACAAAAUGUAUUGUCUGAUUGUAAGGCUGCCAAAGCAGAAAACCGCCAUCUGAAACAUCAGAUGUCACAUAAUGACAGUAGUAUGCCACAAGGCUUCAGCUUAUUACAAGGUAAUGAUAGAGAAAGAGAUCAUUUACAAAGAGGAAGUGAAGGGGAUCACAAACAGAUGUCUCAGCUACAAGAAAUGGUGAAAAAUCUACAACUAGAAAUCCAUGAAAAGAACAGAACAUUAGACGACUAUAGAACCCGACAAGAACAACAGGUCUCCCAGUUAACACAGAAACAUCAGAUGGAACUGAUGGAGAAAUUACAGAAUGCCAAAGAAGAACAGUCGUCAGACAUUAGAAGCUUGCAGGCCCAAGUUUUAUCUCUGAUCAAUGAAGUUACAGAAUCCCAAAAUAAAUGUGAAGGGGCUACAGCUACAAUAGAUCAACGAAAUGCAAGAAUCUCUGAACUAGAAAUGAUAGCAAAGAGAAAACAAGAAGAAACCAAUAAAGCUGUACAAGAUUUAACCAAUCUAAAGGCUGCAUUGUCAAAUUAUGAAGCGGCAUUGAGUAAUGAACGAAGGGACCAUCAGAAUUCAAAGAAACAGAUGGCAGAAUUAAGGACUUCAUUUAAUCAGAUGGUUGCUGACUACAAGGAUCUUUUAACAGACUAUGAAAACUACAAGAAAAAGAUGCAGCAAUCUAGUAUUGGUGAAUCAGAGAAACAAAAAUUGUUAAACAAAAUAGGAUCCUUGACAGCACAAGUAUUAGCUGCAGAGGAGGCCGUCAAGUAUAGAGACGAGGAGGUGAAAGAGUAUAAAGAAUCUGUUAAAUAUAGAGAAGACGAAGUGAGGAAUUUAAAGUCAGAAAAUCAUAGAUUGACAGAUGAAGUUAAUAGUACUAUUCCAGUACUUAAGGCUCAGGGUGAAAUAUGGGAACAAGAUUUUCAUGCAGAGCGUGAAGCUAGAGAAAAGAUGCAUACUGAGAAAGAAGCUCUAACUGCGGAGAUGAACCAACUCCAAAUUCAAAAUCAACAUUUACUGGAUGAAUUAGAAUCAUUAUCUAGAGGACAAUUUGCUGAUUUUCAAAAAAGGCAUGCCAAACAGCAACCUUAUGCAAACCAGAUACGGAGCCAACUUCGUGUUGUUGGUCCUAACCAACAGAACAUUGUUUAUCCUUAUCAGCAAGCACCAAUGGCUGAUCGUGGUGGAGGCAAUCAGAUGGUAUAUCCACAUCCACAACAAGAUGCCAAAAGACAAGAGAAUUCCAAUCAAGCUGCCAGUCAGCCAACAGAUGAAGAUAUACUGAACUGUCCCAAAUGUAAUCAAGUCUGUCCUGAUUUAGACUCACUACAAAUCCAUGUCUUAGACUGUAUUGAUAACUGAUUCACUAUGGUUGUAAUUAACAUUGUUUAUAUUGUAUGCUUUUUUGCUUAUAUUUCAAAAUCUUUAAAAAGUCAAUUUGGUCUAACUUGAAAUCAAAUUUAGAAUGAUUUCAAUCUCAUUUUUACCC